CCUUAACCACCAUAACAGCCCCGGCGCUGCAUCUGCCUCAUCCUCCUCCGCGUCUUCUUCCUCCUCCUCCUCCUCCUCCUCCCGCUCCCUCUCCCGCUCCUCCCACCCCCAUUCCCAUUCUCAUUCUCAUUCCCAUUCGUCCUACGCUUACUCCCACGCCAACCUUUACUCCAACCACAACCACCUCCACGGACACGUCCAGCAACAACACCCUCCUCCUCAUCCUCACCCCAGCGCCUCUUCUUCGACAACAUCCUCUUCUGCCCUUUACACCACGAACUCCAACGCCAACCCAGGCUUCGCAAACACCACCGCCGCCGCCGCUCCUGAUCACGCCCACGCCCACGCCCUCGCCGUGAGCACUCGUCGUCCUUCCGCCAUGGAACCCGGCGACCCUUCCGACGUUGCCGCCCAAGAAGCCGCCGCUCGGGAUUAUCAGCCACAGCUCGAGGGUUUAUUGGUGGGCGACAAGAUCACAAGCGACGCCAUAACCGACGAGUACGCCAAGGCUGAUGAAAUCUACAUCGCAAAGACCAUCAAUCUCCCCCAGACAUACUCUCACUACCGCCCUGUUCAAGGUGACGGAAAUUGCGGCUGGCGAGCAAUCGGCUUCUCCUACUUUGAGCAUCUCAUCAAUAAUGGCGACCAGCACCAGAUCCUCGGCGAGGCCGCGCGCAUCACGAGCUUAAAUCAGUACCUCCUCAAUGUUGGCUGCUACGAUCGGAUGUUGUUCGAGGACAUGGUGGACGAGACGAUUGGCUUACUCAAAGACGUUGCCCAGAACAUUGCCAACCCACAACUGGCCAUGGACAUCAUGAUCCAGCGCUUCAACGACCAGGGCUCCUCCAAUGCCAUAAUCUAUCACCUUCGACUGUUGGCGCUCUCAUGGCUCAAGGGAAACGUGGAGCUGUACGAACCCUUCAUCCCCGCCGAGACGGGUAUCAUCGGCUAUUGCGCCGAAAUCGAGCGCCCAAACAGAGAGAUUGACCACCUCGGCAUCAUUCUGCUCGUUCAAGUGCUGCUGAAGCCCAUCAACUUUGUGCUGGAGAUUGCCUAUCUGGAUCGGAGCCCGGGAAAUCAGGUCAAUAUUUACCGCUUCCCAGACGAGGCUAAUGGCCAGGACCCCGCCACUCUAGGACCCAUCAUUUACUUGCUUUACCGGCCCGAUCACUACGAUAUCCUUUACAAGUCACCUCCGAACCCGGCACCCUUAAAUCUCCAGGUUCACCGGGUUGGUACCUUUUCUCACUCGCAAGAGAUUGCGAGCGUGGGUCCCUCCUUGCAGAACUAUGCCCUCGACUAUGGCCCUUUGGCCAUGCUGCCCGGAUUCGGUGGCCCGCCCUCGGGCUUAUCAUCAGCCUUGUCUUCACUCGGCUCGCCCACAUCCGCCUCUCCGCUGCGAGACGCCUACGACCCUUCACCUCAGUCCCCCUGGCUCGUGACGCCGUACUCUGAUCAUAUUCAGCAGCAGCAGCAGCAGCAGCAGCAGCAGCAACAACAGUCACAGCAGCAACAGACAGCACCUGCCUCUCGACGUCAGUCUCAAGCGCCAGCCCGUCCACAACAGUCGACGCCCGCCCCUACGAAGCCAUCUCAACCCGUGGACUACCAGCUUAGGUUCAGUCAUCAGUGCUGGCAUCUCAAUAACACCAACUCGGCGCAACCGUCAGUGAUACCAGGACAGGCAGGGUUCCAAGAACCCAGCUUUACUACUGCAAUGUUCAAGAACAGCCAUUUCAACAAGGCGCACUACAAUAAUCCCCACUUUCAUCCUGAGGAGUGGACUCCUGAUGAUGAUGGUCACCACGAGAGGCUGCCAGCGCCCAAGAAGAAGGGAAGGGUUAGGUCAGAUCACUAGGCAAUCCCAACAAACGAUGGGACCACUGUACCAUCAGCCAUUAAGACAGUGACACAUUAGGCAGUUUGCAAUGGCCCAUGGGCAUCAGGGGGGGCGAACCACCACUGUCGAUUAUCAGGAGUGUAAUGGGGGGGACAAAGGUGGUGUUACUUUUUGGUGGUCUCUGGAGGGGUCCCGCAUUGUGGGAGAAUCAAAACCUGCCUUGAUUUGGCUCAUUGUGAUUUUAGUGUUUCGCUCUACGCAGAUGGGAAAGGCAUCAUGAUUUAUGAUGGAAGGCUUUCAUCCUUCUUCACGGCUUUAUUUUGGCGGGAGGGAUCGCUUUUCGGGUUGAUACGCAUCAUAGCAUCGGCGUUGAUAAUUAAUAGU